AUGUACUGCGCUCGCCUUGCACUUCCUCUUGCAAGAGUAUUGGUCCAACGUGCACCAACGUUUAUGAGGGGUGAAGUGACAGCAGUUGCCCGAUGCCUGCACACCUCAGCCGUACGAAGGGAUAUUGAUAGUGCAGCCAAGUAUAUUGGCGCUGGAGCUGCAACUGUUGGUGUAGCUGGAUCUGGAGCUGGUAUUGGUAAUGUAUUUGGUGCGUUAGUUAUCGGUUAUGCCCGUAACCCAUCGCUGAAACAGCAACUUUUUUCAUACGCAAUUUUGGGGUUCGCCCUUUCUGAAGCUAUGGGCUUGUUUUGCUUGACCAUGGGUUUUUUGAUCCUGUUUGCUUUUUAA